AUAUGAAGCUUUUUCUUAAUUUUUUAAUCAUUUUUGAUUUUUUUGACUACGUUCCACCCCUUCAAAAAAUCUGAAAAAAUUAGAGAUUACUAAUUCUAAUCAAAGCUUUUUACUGUAUAAAUAUAAACGUGGUCACUUGACAACUUCGAUAAAAAAUCGACGAUUAAAAUCUUUUCGAAUUUAAAAAAAAUCGAAUUUGCAUCCAAAAAUUCUGAAAAAAUUUUCGGAUGUGCAUACCAAUUGGUAGAAUAUCCAUGAUUUUUUUCAUAACUUUCUAUCGAGCAGAACGGGAGAUAUUAACGAUAAACACCUGUAGUGGAGAUAACGGAUCAAAACUCUGUGGAAAGGGGUCUCUUCGAACCACCUAUCGAAUGGUAUGAAUACCGUUCAAAUUGGUUUGGGGGCACUUCUACCAUGCUUACUCGGCUAGACUCUUUUUUACAUUGCUACUGCGCAAGACAAGAAGAGAAAGAGGGUGGGAAAGUCGCGAAUAAAAGAAGACUGAGCGUCAGAAUUCUGCGAGAUACGUAGUUGUGUAGUGGUGUGUAGAACACGUGGCAGCGAACUGUGAGACAAAACGUCAAAUUUGAAAAGUAAAAGGAUUAGCUAUUUGCGAGACCGUACAAGUUUAUGUGCGCGAUAGUUUAUUUAAACUAGAUUGUUAAAGACUGGUACAAAUUAUUCGGUAUUUGCGUUAGUGUAAUAUAGUAUAAGAUAAUAUAUUUAGUUUUACGUUUUGUUCAUUAUCAAACAGACUAUUUUAUUUUUCUUCUCUUUUAAGAGAAGCGAGUUUAAAUUAGUGAUAAGGUCAAAUGAACGUUAACAUGUUUAAUAUUAAAUAUCAACAGAUUAGUGACAGUGGAGAAAAUGUAAGCUCUUUAUUGAAUAUUGAGCAAGCCAUUGAAUGUUUAAAUUCUUGGGGAGAUUGGACGGGAAGUGAGCAAUGGCUAACAAGUACAGCGGAAGAAUUAAGUAAACGGUAUAGGGAGCUGAGGAAAGACAUAAGAGAAAAUAUUAAUUCACAGUAUUGUGAACGCUUAGCCUACCACUAUUAUAACCUUGCAAGCUACUGUAAUGAUGAGCUAUUUAAUAAAUAUAGGGUUAAUCUAGAAAGCGUAAAGAAAUAUCUAGAAAAAUGUUUAGAGAAGCUUACUGAAGUUUCUCAAGAUGGUUAUUCAAAUGAGAUAAAAGAAUUAAAGAACGAUGCUGAAAAAUUUUUAGCAGAAGUAAAUGAAAUAUACACACAGCAGGAAAGUCAGCUAACACAAUACAGAGCUUCUAAUAUGAAAAAGUAUAUAAAGUUAUGUAUUGUUUUAGGUCAUAUCGACCAUAUUCCUUUGCAACAAUGUUCUGAUGAAAAGAAUAGACAGCAGAUUCAAAAUAUUCAGCUGUUAAGAGUAAUUAACAUGCUAGAAGAUGCAAUUACUGUACCGGUGUAUAAAAAUGCUUUCGUUACUGCAGAGCAGUCUGAUUAUUUAGGUCAAGUGUAUCAAUUGGCUGGCCAAUCUGCACUGGGUAUGCGGUAUAAGAGAACUAGUGACAAUCUCAAAAAAACUGUAUAUUUAAUGGAGCAACAUAAUGAUAACAGACAGGAAAUAAAAAAUAUUAUCAGUAAAGAAAUCACAAAAUACAAAAGUGAUUUAGGGCAAGUUAAAAGUUAUAUAGAAGAAAAGUUUCAUAAAUCGCUUAGCACUAUCGACGACGCUUAUAUUGAGAAAAAAUAUAUAAAAUAUUGUGCAAGGUUUUGGCUAGAAGAAACAACAAAUUUUCUAAAAACACUGACUGAAAGUAAAAGCCGUACUGUUAUUCAAGAAAUUUUUAAUUCACUAGAUGAUAUAAAAGGUUUAAGCCAAAUUCCUAAACCUUUAAAUGUACUUGAAUAUUAUACUCUUUUAAUGGAGCACUAUAGAUUAGUUAGGAAAGAAGAUGAAAAAACUUUCAUAAGUCGAUUUAAAAAAGAGUGCUUGGAACAAAUAGUUGCCUAUAGUGAUUCUGCUAAAAAAGAGUUAGUGCUUCUAGAAACUUUUGUUAAUUUUUUAAGUUUCUCUAAAAGUCUUCAAUCAAUUGUUGCUGAACUAGAAUUAGAAGAUUUUUAUCGUGGUUAUUUAUCGUUUGAUGAGUUGAUCGAUAAUAUUAUGAAGCUUGAAGUAGAUAUUUAUGGUGAAAAUCUUACAGUUUUGCAAGAAGCAACAGAGGGCUUAAAGGAGGAAGAUCUUUUUUUAAUAGACAAAUUUAAGGAAGUUAUAGGUGCUUAUAUAAAACCAGUAAGAAUACAAGAAAGAAGAAUAGAUGAUCGAUUGGUUGUUGAAGUGACAGGAAAGAACAUUGUUGUUAGUGAAAUUUUACAGCUAUUAGAAAAUACACUUUUAGAAAAUCCAAAUAUAGAGGAGGUACGUUUUGUUGGUGCUGAUAUUAUACAUAUUGAUACAAACCUUAAGAGUAAAGUUUGGCAGGGAAGGAAUGUAGUUAUUUUAACAAAAGCAAUAAAAGUUCAUGAUCAAGUAACCUGGGAUGUAUCUGGAAAAGAUAACGAUCAUAUUUAUUCUCAUAGUGCGGGUACUGGACAAGAUGGUCAUGGUAAGCAAGGAAAAGAUGGUUAUCCUGGAGAAAGUGGCGGCAAUGUCUUGAUUAUAGCAGAGAAAAUAGAAAAUCCGGAAGAUUUUACUAUUAUUUCAAAUGGCGGAAGGGGCGGUAAAGGCCAGGAUGGUGGUAAUGGAAGAGAUGGUAACAAUGGAAUGGGUAUUACGAAGGCAGAAUUUGAUAAAAAGUUUCCUCCUGUUGCUGAUUUUGGUUCAGGAGCGGCACAGAGACAAGAUACAAUAAAAAAGUUUGUUGAGAACAUUAAAAAUGAUUCAUCAACAGUAGAAACUGUGUGGUGCACAGGGGCUAAUAUUGCAACAAUUGAAAACAUUAUUACAGAAAUUGCAGAUAUUAAUUCUUAUAAUGACACAGUAUUCGAGAUGGCAGAUGGUGACACUUCGCUAUAUUUAUUCAAGCAUUUUGAAGAGAAUAUUUUUAUAAAAACAGUUACAAGCCAAGGAAAUGAGGUCACUUUUUCUUUUGAGCGUGGAGGUGGGCUGACAAAUCGCCAGGCUUUUUUUCUCUAUAAAGGGUCAUUAGGACAACCUGGAUGGCAUGGUGGAGAAUAUGGUUUAGGUGGUCAAGGGGGAUAUGCUGGAGAGAUAAUAGUAAAAAAUCUAGAAAAUAGCAGCCAGGAGUGUGGUAUUAUGAAAAAUACCAACCAAGGACAAGAAGGAGAAAAGGGACAGGGAGGCCUAUAUGGUAUCCAUGGGAAAAAUGGUUGGGAUAUGGGUUAUAUGGAUUAUUGGGUUUCAGAAUUUUUCACAGAAAAGUGGCCUAAAUUUUUCGGUACAGAUCAAAGCAGUAAAUGUACACUAGAAUAUUAUGAUAAUAAUUCAAGUGAUCGAGUAUGGUGUCCAUAUAAUAAAAAAUAUGCAAAAAUUAUAUCUACCAAUAUUGAGCACAAGAAACAAAAAAAAUAUGAGGAAAGGAAGAAUACUAGACAGAAUAGUGCGCGACAACAUCACGCACAAGCGAUAAGGAAAAAAAACAUUUCACAAAGUAGCAUUUUAGCUAGUUAUUCUCAUCACCUUAGUUCUAUGGAAAGAAAUACAUUGCAGAACUUGCGAUCUGAUUUAGAAAAUACUAAACAACAAGCCUUACAAGCAAUCACUGAAAAUCAAGAACAGCAGGAAAAGCAAACUACAGAAUUAGGAAUUAAGCGUCAUUCUCCUUACCAGAAUAAAAGUAACCAUUACAAUGACAUCUUUAUUACAACAUCUAGUACCACUUACAGAGAGACUAUUGAUGUUGAAAGUUUUAUUGAUAAGCUAAAAAAAGAACCAUUGUUGCUAGAUAAUUGGUUUCAACUAAUAGAACUGAGCUUAUCUCAACUUGAUCAGUUAUUUUUAAUUUUUGAAGGUCUAAAAAGUAGAUAUACUGAAACACAAAGCUUACAAGAUAAUACGGAAAAUAGUAAGCUACAAGACAUAGAAAAGCUUUUGAUCGAUAAGUAUACACUUGCUACAUUGCAAGAAAUUGCAAAGCAAUUACCACCUUACCAAGAAGUUACAGAUGGUAUAGAAAUAACACCUAAAACUGCAGCAAGAUAUCUAAUUGAGGCAAAAGAAAAUGACAAUGAUGUUUCUCAUCCUAUUUUAGGGACUCUAAAUCAAUAUUUUUAUGAAAGGAAUGAACAGCAUCAUAAUGAAAUAUUUAAAUUGUGUGAAGAGGAAUUGCAGAACAGUAAUGAAAAUUGUGAAAUCCUGAAACGUUCUUUGAAAACGUUUAUUUUAGAAGCAGGAGAAUCAGAAGGAGUACAUUCCUCUAUUAAAAAGUACUAUAAUGAACAUAAAGAAUUUUUAGAAAAACAAAAACCCAGUUUAAAUAUAUCUUUUGAGGCGUUUAAGAGUGAACUAUCUCAGCCAAGGCAUGCAGAAGUAUUUGGUUUAUGGAUCGAAAGUAUUAAAGAUCAAUCUCUAAGAAGUAAGCUAGAGGAAAAAAUACAAAAAGAUAAUAUUCUGAAUGAUCUUUAUGAUCGCUUUAAUAGUCAACUUAAGCAAGAAUAUGACUGGAAUGAGUGUUGUAAAGAUCAAGCUGUUCUUAAAGAACAUGAUAAUUAUAUUCGAGAAAAAGGCCUAUUGUCAGAAAGCUAUAGGGAAUUAUUAGCCUACGUUUUUGGUAUUAAUAUCAGAUUAUAUGUUGAAGAUCAAGAUAAUAAAUUGUUUCUGCAAGGUGAUCACAACCCUUCAUCUAAGCAAAUUAUUCACAUAUUAUGUAGAGAUAAUAAAUUUAUACAAUUAAAUAUUGAUAAAAACUACUUAAAGCUAGAAGAAGAGCACAAAAAGAAAGAUGAUCUUUAUGCACAGAUUUUUGCAGAAAUUAAGCCAUUGAAGCAAAAACAAGAAUUUGAUGAUUACUUAAAGAAUAAAACUUUUCUAUCUAAUAACAGUCCUUCAGAAGAUGAGCAAUCUUUUAAUGAAGAGGAAGAUAUAGAAAAAAUUGUAGAAUACUUUCCUGAAGUGGAAAGGCAGCAGUUAAAAGGGCGGUUGGACAAAAUUACACCUCAAUAUAUUGGACAACAAGGAAUUUUGCAUAAUAUAUUGAAGCGCUUUUCUAGUGAUGGAAGGUAUGUGUCUUCUCAAGAAUUAUAUUGUUUAAUAAACUCAAUUCUAAGCUCCGUUAUUGAAGAUAAAAAAGAGUUGAAUAUCUUUUGUUGGAUAGUGGCAGCUUAUCCUCAAAAGAGUUGGAUAGAUGAAUUGAUAUUGCUACAACUCGAAAAUUAUUUUAAAAAAACAUUAACAAAAAAACCUGAAUGGAGAAAUUAUUUAUCAAAAAUAGAAAAUAAGGACAUUUUACUGUUAUUUACAAUAAAGUUGGACCAAUAUAAAUCAAGCAAUCCUAUUUCUACUCAAUGUAUUGAAGAUACUCUGCAUUUAUUAAGUAAUAUUCCAAAUGAGACAGUUAGUUUAGAACGACUAGAGUUAUCUGAAUGGCCUUAUGCUUUAAAAGAAAAAUACUGGACAUGCAAGCUAUCAAAAUUAGUAGAUUGGCAAAAGGGUGACUUACCAACAGCUUCUUAUUAUCUUUUAUCUAUAGAGAAUAUUUUUGGCAUGCUUUUAGCGGAGAAAUUUAUAGAGGCUCUAGAAAAGAAAAAACAAGAACUGUCAUCUGAUACGCUUACUAACAUUUUAUCUAAUUUUCAUAAUGAAAAAUGGAACUUAAGUGAAGAAGAGUUAAAUACCCUUAACAGUUGUAGCAUUGAUGAGUGGGCACAGCAAAUGCAGCAGAAGUUUACUGCUAAUAAAGAAGAACGGAAGAUAACGCAGUUAGUUGAACUAAUUAAAUGUAAUGCUAAUACUUCGAAAGAAAUUUUAAACAAAUUGUCAAAAAUUAAGAAUUAUAUUGAAAGUAUUGAUAAGCAUAUAAUUGCUGGAAAACCUAUAGGCAGUUUUACAGAAUAUGACAUUGAAAAUUGGGUAAAAGAAUUCCAAGGUAGCAUUGGAGAUAUUAAAGAAACACACAAGGAAAUACUUGCUGUAAUAGAUAGAGCAAUAGAGUUAAAAAGAGGAUUUCAGCUUCGUGAUACUCAAAGAUUAACUGUAUUGGCGUUAUUGACAAAUAAUCGUAGUACCCUAGCACAAGUCUCUACUGGAGAGGGAAAAUCGUUAAUUGUAGUAGCAGCAUCAAUUAUGAAAGCACUUUGUGGAGGGAAAGUAGAUAUUAUAACUAGCUCUUCUGUAUUGGCAAAACGUGAUGCUGAGGGUAAUAGAGAUAUCUAUAAUUUGUUUAGUAUUAAUGUAUCACAUAACUGUAGUGAAGAUAUUGAAAACAGAAAGGAAGCAUAUUCAAGUAAUCAGGUGGUAUAUGGUGAUUUAUCUAAUUUUCAGCGCGAUUAUUUAUUAGAUAAAUUUUAUGGGAAAAAUAUUUUAGGAGAUCGUAAUUUUGAAAAUUUAAUCGUUGAUGAAGUAGACAGCAUGUUGCUUGAUAAAGGUAAUAAUAUGCUGUACUUAUCCCACGAUCUUGCAGGCUUCGAUAAGCUAGAAUCUGUUUACAUUUAUAUUUGGCAGUGGAUUAAUAAGCCAGCUAGAAAUCGUGAAGAACUUUCUUAUGCUUUUGAUACUAAAACAAUCAAAGAAGCAGUGCUAAAUGACUUAUAUGGCUUAAUGAAAAAAGAAGAUAUUAGCAAACUUGGUUCUGAGUUAGGUGAACAGCAAAAAAAUAUUAUGUGGGAACGUUUAAUCAAAGCUGAGAUAUUAGAUAAUCAGGGCAAACUGUUAAAAGGAAACAUUAAUGAUAAUGAACUUAAUAAAAUACUUUCACCUGAAUUUAAUUGUUACAAAGAUCGUCUUCAUUACCUUUUAAACGAGUGCAUUGAAAGAGAAAAAUUUAUACGUGUUCCCAAUAAUUUCAGACCGUUUAUUGAACAGCAUUUAGAAUCUUGGAUUAAUAGUGCUAUAACCGCGUUUUGCAUGAAAGCAGGAGAGGACUAUGUAGUGGAUGUAGAUAAAACCGGCACUAGUCCAGAUCUAAAUCCUAACAUUACAAUUCUUGAUAGAGAUACAGGAACAGAUCAAACGAAUUCUCAAUGGGAUGAAGCACUACAUCAAUUUUUACAACUGAAACAUGGGUGCAAAUUGUCUUUGCAGAGCUUGAAAGCUGUUUUCAUUUCCAAUGUUUCUUUCUUUAAACUGUACAGUAAUUUAUACGGACUAACAGGUACUUUAGGAUCGCAAAGAGAAAGAGAUUUACUACAAGAAAUACAUGGGGUAGACUUUGUCACUGUUCCUACAGCUAAAUCUAAGCAAUUUCACGAGGACAAACCUAUUCUUUGUACUGGCAAAGAAGAAUGGAUCAAUAGAAUACGUAAUGAGGCAAAAAAGCUAACUGAAGAAAAUGAACGAUCUGUUUUAAUUAUAUGUGAAACAGUAAAUGAUGUAGAGAUUUUAUACAAAGCUUUUGGAGGAAAGAAUGUAAAACAUGUUUAUACUUAUACACGAGAUUAUGAAGAGUUUGAUAAAGGGUUUGAAAUUGUUCAAGGUAACAAAGAGUUGGGACAAGGACAGAUUAUUAUUGCAACAAACUUAGCUGGUCGUGGAACUGACAUAAAAAUUACAAAAGAGUUAAGAAGUAAAGGAGGAUUGCAUGUUUGUUUAACUUACUUAUCUAACAAUAUUCGAAUUGAACAGCAAGCAUUUGGGCGAGCAGCAAGAAGUGGAGAUAAAGGUUCUGGUCAGCUGAUCAUUAUGGACUCAAAAGGACAAGAAUAUAGUAACUUAAAAGUAUUGGAUUUAAAAAAAGGGCGCGAUACUGAAGAAUUACAUCGUAUAUCAGACAUUAAAGCCUACUAUGAAACCCAAAUUACUACGGAAGAAAACUGUUUUAAAUCAUUUAAAGAGCAAUAUGAACAGCUAGAGAAAGACCUUGAUGAUAAGAAAGUACCUACUGAAGUUAAAAAAAUUUUAUUGCAGAGUUGUUUGGACAAAUGGGCUUUCUGGUUAGAUGAACACAAUAAAUAUGUAAGAGAUUUGACAGAUGAACAGGAUAAAAAAAAUCUUCACAACCUACUGGACAAAUUUAUCUCAAAAUUAAAGAAUUUAGAAACUGGGUAUAGCGAAAAGUGGAUCUCUUCGCCUGGCGGGCAUUGCACUCUAAUUAUUGAAUAUAAUAGCAAAAGCUGGUUAGCUUGGGUUGAAGGGAAUCCAAUUCAAAUGAUUAAACUUGGAAAAUAUCUCUCCCAAAAUGAGGAAUAUAAAAAUGCCAUUGAACUGUUUGAUGAAGUGAUUAAAAAAGAGCUAUAUUUUUCUGAAGCAGCACGCUAUUAUAAGGCAUUUGCAUUAGUAAAGAAAGUUGAUUGGGAAAAAGAGCCUUUAAAAGAAGAAGAUGAGAAACUUUUGAAAGAAUUUAAGCAAGAAUUACGAGAAGCUGCAAGGCUUUUAGAUGAACAUAGUAAAUUUGCUAUCAAUGCAGCAAGCAUUAUUGGUAAGAUUAAGAAAAAUAAUAACGAAAGCAUCCUUCAAAUCGACGCUUAUGAAGAACAGCAAAAGAGCUUGGCUAGCCUUUAUUAUAUGUUUUCACGGUCUAUAGAUGAUAUUUUUGGCCAUACUAUUACUCCACAAUCUUUUGUUAAUUCUGAUAUUAAGGAAGAGCUGGCUGAAAGUCUAUAUAAGGAUCUUCUUGAAAAAAAUAUUCUAGAAAAGCCGAGAGUAGAAGAGAACAUCGCCGAAGAAGAGCUGAAAGUCAUCACUUCUAGUUAUGGAGUAUCAGAUAAAGAAUUAAAAGGUUUUCUUUCCAAGUAUAAAGGAAAAGAAAUUAAUGAAAGAGAGUUUCAAAAAUCAUUGACGAAAGACAUAAAGCUACCUGACCGAAAAGCAUUUUGGAAAUUGCUUAUUCAAGGAGAAGUUCUAAGUGAUGAAGUUAAGUGUGUUGUAGUUAAUAAUGGAAAACUGAAAGAAAUAGAUCCUUCAUUGUUGGACGAUCUGACUGGAAAAAUAAACCAAAGAGAGUUAGAAAAGCAAACUCUAGAGAUCAGUAAUGAACAGAUUCUUUUAAACACAGAAUGGGUUACGCAACAAAAAAAUAACGGUAAUAUUUUAAAAAAAGAUGACUUUAUAACGAUUGUAGGCAAAGGCAAAUAUAAAGCAUUGAAAGAGAGAGGGGUACUUUCAUUUAACAGAAAAGCGCAUAUAGACCCAAGUAAAAUUGAAUCUAUGACUUUUCCUUGUUACGAUUCUAUUACACUGGAAGAUUUUACUAAAGCAAAUAUCACUAAAAGUGAAGCUGAAAAAAUUUUAGCAGAACUAAUUAAACAAAAUGUCGUUGAAAAGAAAGAUAACUCAAAAAAUAGUGCUUAUGGAUUAAAAAUUAAAUUUGAUGAAUUGCAACAAGGUCAGCUUUCUUUCUGUUCAGUUUAUGAGAAUGUUGUAAAAGGACUAUUAUCUACAUGUUUUAUCUAUAGAAUAGCACUUCAAAGAAUUGUUAAACAUCUGAAAGAAAAAAACUUUCCUGUUCGUCUGCAAUUAAUAAACAAACCACAUCAAAACCUAGCCUCUGAAUUAUUGGAGCAAAAAGUCAUCAGACCUGUUACUGUGACAACUGAAGAUGAAGAUUUAGAAGAUAAGUUAAAGGGCAUAUAUAGUCGCACAAUAACUAAAGUUAAUUUUAAAUGUAUACUUUCUCAAAGUAAACUCAUUCCAGAAGAGUGUAUAGAAGAGCUUUUUGAUUUUUUGGUUGAGAAAGGGUGGAUUAUCAAGUACGAACCAACACAGUCUAUACGAGAUGAGGGUAUUACAGCUAUUGGCAAGGAAGAUAUUAAAAAUGCUGGUAAAUCUUUAGUACAAGAUCUUUAUUAUAUUAAUAGUCCUGACAAAAGACAAAAACCUUUAAGCUUUUCUUCUAAAGAUCUGCAAAGUAUUGAUAAAACUGUAGAAAAAAUUUUAGACAAUCAAUUACAACUAGCGAAAAAAGAUACAAUUCAAAAUAUUGUCAACACCUUGAAAAGAUCAAGAAGUUUAUUAAAAACUUUAAAAAUUCCUGAUGAUCAACUUCUACAGUUAGAAGAAAUGAAAUGGACACAAGAAAUGCUUUUUAACACUGCAAUAGUAACUGCUAUGGGAGUAUGCCAAAUAGUUAUAGGUACUGCUAUAGAGUUAUACUCAGUGGGUAUGAUGACUCAUGUUGGUGCUGCAUUUGUUAAUGAAGGUGUAAAUGACCUCUUUUAUGCUGCUGGUGCUUUAAAGUCCGGUUAUUUUAGCUGGAAAGAUUAUAAACAGCAAAAGCUUCAGAGUUUAAUGGUUACAGCUGUUACUGUUGGUGUAGGAGCUUACCUUUCAAGAGGUGCUAAGGUAUCACGUUUUGGCCAUAAACUAGCCGGACCUAAUUUUGAAUUUGGUAAGAAAGUAGCAGAAAUGUCCGGAACUCAGCUGAUUGAAACAGUAGGUAGUAAGGUAGUAAACGGAGUAGUUAAAACGAGCUUAGCAUCAGGUUGGAAAAUAGUAGGAAAAGAAGUUGCAAAGCGUAUUAUAUUAAAAACUAUAGAAGGGGUAGCGUUUGGCUUAGCUAAUGCAGGAAUUGAUAGACUCGUUGAAAAUUACCUUCAAGCAUUAUGUGAAGGCAUAGCCUCUGAUAUUUUGUCAGAUAUUGAACGCGAAGUAGAAGAACAUAAUAUCUCUAUAAAUUUAAAAGAAGCCUAUAAGGUAUUAGGAAGAGAAAACGCAAAAAAACUUAUAGAUGACUUAACUAGAAGUGUCUUUACUAGGCAAAGUUAUGUGGAAGAGUUUUUGCCUAUUGCCAGCAAGAUAGUUAGUAGUGUAACUCAAGGAAUUGGGGAAGCUAUUAAGAAAAGAAGCAAAACAAGUAACAAAUUGGAAUUACCUAUUUCUGCUAUUAGUAAGGUAGUGGUUUGGUUAGAACGUUCCGCUCAGAUUGCCAAUAUAACAAUGAUUACUAAUAAUCUUUUAAAUAACUUAGAUCAGGAAAUAAAAGGUAGACUAAAUAAGCUUGAAAAAGACGUAGAACGUAAUCAAAAACAAGAAGUGGAGAAAAAUUAUGAGAGCUUUAAAAAAGAAGUAAUUGAUCAGUGGAAAUCAUUGCUUCGCGAAAAAGCUGGGCAAAUUAUAGCACGGCAUAUUGUGAGCCCUGUCCUUAAAGAAAACGCUAAUCAUCUGGUUAGAUAUGCUGGAAAAAAAGUGCAAGAAGCAUAUCAGUCUUACAAAGAAAGUGGGUAUUUUAAGUGCUUUGAAGAAUUGAAACAGGAGUAUAAGGAAAAACUACAAAAUGAACAACAAUGUGACAAUACAUCUAAAACAAAAAACCGUAUUACGAAAAAAUAUCAUAAAGAUUUGCAAAAGUUGAUGAUCAAAACUAGAAAUCCUGACUUAUUCGCAGCUAUAAUCAAAGAAAACAUUCCAAUGGAUAUGGUAUGUGUUAGUGCGUGUGCUCAAGUAGUACAAACGAUACUAAAAGAGCAAGGAGUUGUAAUUCCAGGACUAACCGUUAUUGUCGAAGGAGAUGGUGGUAUAAGACAGGAGUUUUCCUCUAUGUCUGAAGGAGCAGAAAGGACAAUUAUUAAAUUUGGGCUCAAAGAUAACCAUUUUACAUUUUGUGGAAGCAACACAUCAGAAAACAAUAGAAGUAGUGAAUCAAAAAAUAAUUGCUUAUGUGAAGCUUUUUUAGAAGCUAUACCUGGAUUAAAAGAUAUAAUAUCACCAGAAGAAUUAAGAACUAAGGCAGCUCAUUUUAUUAAACAUGAUAAUGAAAUACGGCACCACAUUCAGCAAGGCUGGCACCGACUUCCUACAUCUCUUGGUGCGUUUGGUGGUAAGCGUUCCAUUCCUGUACCUACUAGCAGACUAAAUGAACAAGCAGAAAAUCAAUCGCCAUAUCAACAUUCUAAUUCCAGAGGGGAAUGGAAAUUUGAUAAAAAUAAAGACAUAGAUUUACGGGAAAAUAGGGUGUUAACAAAUAAGGAAUCUCAUCUACAACUUACUAAAGGUUAUAAUGAAGCUCUUAAUAAAAUUAACCAAGCACUUUCUAGUGUUAACAAAAAACCUAUAUCUGUUGAUCCCUCAAGUUUUAAGGCAACAAAGUAUGAUGCAAUACUAUGUAAUAGUGGCGAAUUCGGUAAAAUAGGCAUAGCACUAUAUCCAGUAGAGAUGGAAGCUACAGUUGAAGUAUGGGUUCGAGAUAUUAAUGAAAACGUGAAAUAUAAAUUAAGAAUUGACCUUGAUAACCCUAUAAUUGAAUCAAAUUUACAGGGACCACAUGGUCCUCAUAUUGGGUAUGAGGUUAUUCCCCAUAAUAAACAAGCCCCUAAAGGAAUUACUGGACAUAUACUUAUAAAUCAAGUGGAAAAUGAAAGACUUCCUGAUCGGGGACGUAGUCAAUAUACUGACAAUAGUAAAAAACCUAAGAUACCUACAACAAGAUUAUUUUUUCCACCCAAUAGGCCUAACACCUAUCUAGAAAGAGAUGAAACAGGAAAUGAAGGAGCUGAUAGCAGAGGUCGUUCAUACCCAACCACAGAUUUUUGAGAUACAAAUUUAACCCUUAUGUGCACAACCAACUUCACCAACGUUGUUACACGACAGGGGUACCCAGGUAUCCACCUCUCUUUAUUUUAGUUUUUUAAAUAUUCCUCCAAAUGAAAUCAUUUUCUUAACAUUUAUUUAAAUAAAUAAAGAUGUAUGAUGAGUGUCCGAGGCAAUAUCAAAUGAAAAUAGACCUCUUAACAGCUCGUACAAAGGUAGGAGAAAGCAGGACCUUAAAGGUCGGCGCGCGGCUCCGAAUAAAUCAAGAGAAGUAUGUAUACUUACUGUGUUUGGAUUCCAUGAAAACAUAACGCUGUGCUCAUACAUACUGAAGAAAAGUAAAGCAGUAAUUCUGUUAUCAACAAUGCAUGCCGAUAUGGCUGUGAAUAAUGAUACUAAAGCCCCACAACUUAUUAUAAUAAAUAUAAAACUGGCGUCGACACAAUGGACCAAAUGAUUAGUAGUUAUACAACAAAACAUCGCACUCUGAGAUGGCCGCUAGUUAUGUUUUUUAACAUGUUAGACAUCAGCUCACUUGCUUCCUAUUAGAUAUAUUAUGAAAAAAAAAAAAAAAGGGAUCGAAUUGAGUAUCCUCUUCCUUUUCGAAGUCGGAUAAUAAUAAGAUGCUUCCAAGAAAAACUAAUCAGCGCAGGCUAUUUAUGCGCCAUUUGAGCGAAGAACUUGCAAAGCCAAUGAUCGAGAAUCGCAGUCAAAACCUGUAAGUGAUGAGACAUUACAACACGAAGAUUGCUGUUGAAAGUGUGAUCGGACGGCCAGUAAAUCCUGUGAAAGCUACUCCACAGGUCCUUCAGUACAACGAGAUCCAUCAGGAAGAAAAAAGUUACUGGUUCUUGUCAUAUCAUACUUAUACUUACUUACUAUUAUAUAAAGAGACAGCGUUUGUUUGUAUGUACAGAAAAAUUUCAAAAACUACUUAUCCGAUUGAUACCAAAUUUUAACAGUGGCUUCCUUGCCUUCUCUGGAGUGACAUAGGCUAUAUUAUUUUAAUAAAAAUGAUAUUACAUCUCAA